AUGUCUUUAGAAACUAAUGGCUUUGACACUGUACAGAAUAAAUUGAAGAAUUAUUUUAUCAAGAGUGUUACUGAUAUAGUAGGCACCAUACCUUCAAGUAAAGAGGAAGCUAUAACGGCAGCGGUGCCUUUAGAAGAGGAAUUUUGGAGGUUUCAAGAAAUUUCAUUAAAUAAGCUACGCAAAACUGUUCUUCAAUUGAAGAAAAAAACUACGGGAGAUAAAACACUUACAUGCAGUUUGGUGAAGCAAUUGUUUGAUGCAAUUGUCUACCCCCUUUUGAAUAUUGUAAAUACAUCGCUCAGAACAGGAAAGACGCCUUCGUUUAUUAUAGUCCCGUACCCAAAACAAGUAAUCCACGUAAGCCAGAAGACUUGCGACCCAUCAAUCUUACGCCAGUCGUCGAGAAAGUUAUAGAAAUAAUAGUGCAUGAACAGCUGAGUGAGCAUCUACGUGUGAACGAUGUUCUUUUUGAGAGGCAACUCGGCUUCAGAAGAAAUAAUUCUUGUGAAACUGCAUGCCAAUUUUGUAUAAAGUGGAAAAACGAUGUAGAUGAUGGUAAAGUGAUUGUGUGUGUGUGUCAAUUGACCUAAAAAGAGCGUUUGAAACUAUUGACAGGAAAUUUUGGUUGAGAAAAUGUGAAAUAUAUGGAAUUAAGGGUACAGCGGUCUUGUGGGUGGGUGAUUAUUUAUCUGAGCGGUUACAAGUGGUAAAAAUUGAAAGUAAAAUAUCAAGUAA